AUGUCGAAGUCUGCUGUCAAGAAACCGAAAGAAAAAAGUGAUAAAACUAAGGCAGACAGCUUUGUUUGGAUUGACGAUGAAGUACAGCUGCUUUUAGAAGUUACAAAUGACUACAAGGUGUCGAAAGCGGCGAAAAAUAUCGACUGGGAGUCGUGCCAGUCAAAGUACACUGACAUUCUUGAAUUAUAUCGGGAACACUACCCAUCAUCUCAAGAUGAGUCUGCAGAAAUUGAAAAAGAAUACCCACACAAGAAAGAAGAGAUCACUAAAGUCAUAUUGACGUCAAAGCUUAAGAACAUUCGACUUAAAAGAGACUGGCGCUGA